GAAAGAUAACAUCCAAGCUUCUCUCUCCUCGCUCCUCUGCUCCUUAAGUUUCUAGUCACUUCAGCCUCAAGUCUCACUCCACCAGCAUCACCAUGAAGCUCGCGGCUCUAAGUCUUCUGGCAGUCCUCUUUGUAGGUGCUUCACUGGCACAGGACCUCGACGAGGACUGCAACAGCGAAGGCGGCUGUGUGGAGAGAGCUGAAGACAUCGAGAGUCAACUCUCGCCGGCCGAGGGAGAGGGCGAGGCCAUGGAUGUCGAGGACCCCCUCAACCUGGUCGACAGAUGCGACGACACCCCGAAGAAGUGCAGCGACAAGAACGGCGUGUGCAUCAGCCGCAGGCAGUCCUGCGCUGGCAACACGGAGGACUCCGACUGCAAAGGCAGCGACCAGACUUGCUGCAUGAAGCACCAGUGCAGCAACACCCCGAGGGAGUGUGAGAGAAACAACGGCAUCUGCAUCAACAGAAUGGACAACUGCGCUGGCAAGACGCAGAAUAAUCUCUGCGAAAACGAGCACUGCACUUGCUGCAAGAAGGACGAGUGCAGCAAAACGACAUCGAAGUGCUCCAGCAAGAGAGGCAAAUGCAUCAACAUCAUGGACUACUGUGACGGGAAGACGGACAGCGAUCUCUGCGACAGCAAGAACUGCACGUGCUGCUACUCUUCCAAAUAAGGCAUUACAAUUUGUCAACAUCUCAACCUCAUCCCUCUCUUCAGCCCCGACUAAGGCUCAAGCUUGAGGGAGACCGUAACGCUUACCUACUCGACAGAUAAUCACAUGUGCAGUCUAUAGGAAUGUUCUUACAAUACCCGUGAUUUGCGAGUCUCCACUUCAAUGUAUUUAUGUAUCUUUCUGUCAGCACAGUUUACUGAAUAAAGGAUGUGAAGCGAUA